CACAUACACAACACCACUCCCCCGAUGGGUUUGAACUCCGGUUUGGUCUCGAGUAUAAAAGCGCUGCUCUGCAGACGUCCAAGCGUCUCUGAGUGACUGCAGCCAUGUUUGUGUCUCCACCCGGCUACCAGCCCGUCUACCGUCCGGCCAUCCCUUACCUCGGCUCCAUUCAUGGAGGCCUGAGAGAGAAGAUGACCAUCUACAUCCAGGGAGCCACACCCGAGGACAUCACCAGGUUCUUCGUUAACCUGCUGUGCGGAGAGUCUGAGAGCAGCGACGUGGCUCUGCACAUCAACCCUCGCUUCGAUGGCUGGGACAAGGUGGUCUUCAACAGCCGCACCGACGGGUCCUGGCAGUCCGAGGACAAGAUCCGUAAAAUGCCCUUCAGCAAGGGGGAAAAGUUUGAGCUGACCAUCCACGUGGAGCCCGACGAGUUCCAGAUCAAGGUGAACGGGAAACACUUCCACGACUUCAAGCACCGUGUUCCCGUGAGCAGCGUGCGAGCCAUGCACAUCAGCGGAGACGUUUCCGUGGAGACCAUCAACGUGCUUGGGGGAGGAUUCCCAGGAGGGCCAGCAGGAGGCGCUGGGGGCGGGUUCCCUGGAGGACUGGGACCGGGUGGAUUCCCUGCAGGACCAGCAGGGGGCGCUGGGGGCUUUUACCCUGGAGGAAUGGGCCCGGGUGUGUUCCCAGGAGGACCAGCAGGAGGCGCUAGGCCCGGUUACCCCGGAGGACUGAGCCCGCCGGGGUAUCCAGGUGGUUCUGGACCAGGAGACACGUGGGGCGAUUAUCCGGGCUCCAACCUGCCGAGCAUGUCGGGCCAGCCGAUCCACAGCCCGCCAGUUCCGUUCUCCACCCGGAUCGCCGGCGGGAUGUUCCCAAAGAGAACGCUCAUCAUCCGUGGAAUGGUGCCGCACCAUGCUAACCGACUGAGCUUCGACCUGGUGAUGAGUCACAGCCGUGACAUCGCGUUCCACCUGAACCCGAGAUUCCAGGAAGGCGCAGUCGUGAGGAACAGCCGGCUGCACGGCAGCUGGGGGAGGGAGGAGCGCGAGCUCUCCACCAACCCCUUCGCCCCAGGACAGUACUUUGACAUGUCCAUCCGCAGUGGGGACAGGAGGUUCAAGGUCUACGUGAACGGGCAGCACUUGUGCGACUACUUCCACCGCGUCCACUCCCUGGCUGAGGUCGACCAGCUGGACAUCAACGGCGACGUGCAGAUCUCGUACGUGCACUUCUGAAGAGGCUUCGCGAGGAGAACACGUCCCCAGAUACAGAACCAAUAAAAGUGGUCAUAAACACAAGUCAGCUUUUAUUUCUGAUACAAAACAGCCUGUCAAACCAAACCCAAGGUUGAUCUUCUCUCCUAUGUCAGGACUCUUCUGUCCCACCAGGAGACUCACGCUGCAUCCUCAGUAGAAUACGCUCACAACACGAUCAGAUAAACUCCCUGAAUCCAAAACAGGGAAAUGAGAAAUUCUGUCACAGAAUCUCACAGAAAAACAAAAGCAUAUUUUAUUGUUUUACAGGUGA